GCUUAAUUAAAAAACCGUCGUAGGUGACGUCACAGUAACUACGUCCACUUGUUUUAUACAAUGCAUGCACGUGACUCUUUCCUGUCGGGAGUUCAUUUGUCCGACACCACUUGAAUGUAGCACGAAUGUGAGUGGGCGCACUGAUUUCUGGGAAGAACGACAAUGUGUGUUCCAGCAGGACUGUAGGUGCUCAGAGAGUUUAUCACACACCUGAAGGACUUUUUCAUUUUGGGGGACUUCUCUCGGACUGCUCUGACAAAAUGGUCGUGAGGCUCCUUCCUUGAGCAAAGGUUGUGUCAUUCCUGAUAUGUGUACGUGGAAACAUCACGUCAGAUGAAUCACACUUCAUUAUAAACUGCUUGCUGCUGCACCUCAGGGCAAAGAGCUCUUUCACGUCCCUUGCACAACACCUUGUGGUGACUAUGCACUUCCUGUUGCUGUUCAGCCGGCAGGGGAAGCUGCGACUGCAGAAAUGGUUCACACCUGUAACAGACCGGGAGAAGAAGAAGGUGAUCCGGGACAUGACGAUGUUAGUGUUGGCCCGCCAGCCCCGCUCCUGCAACUUCCUCCACUGGAGGGACCUGAAGAUCGUUUAUAAGAGGUAUGCCAGCCUGUACUUCUGCACGGGUCUGGGGAACGAGGACAACGAGCUGCUGUCCCUGGAGGUGCUGCACAGAUAUGUGGAGCUGCUGGAUAAAUACUUUGGGAACGUGUGUGAGCUGGACAUCAUCUUUAACUUUGAGAAGGCUUACUUCAUCCUGGACGAGUUCCUGAUGGAAGGAGAAGUUCUAGAAACAUCCAAAGUGGCUGUGAGUGUUUCCAUGGAGGAGUCUGACACACUCCAGGAGACGAUGGAGGAAUACAUGAGUAAACCUGCGUACUGAGCCGAGAGAAGACUUGAAGGUUUAUUAUCACUCCGCACCAUUUUAUUUAGUGAUUAAUAAUGAAUCAUUUCAGCACUGGUCGUACAAACCGCAACUCUGGGGAUUUUCUACUUCGUUUUUUAAGGAUUGUAAUUAUAUCUGGAUCCGUAAGUGCCUUUUAAGCCUCAUGUUUAUUAAUCUCAGGGUUUUAUGACUCAACAGAGUCUUUUUCUUUCCUCCUCCAGUUUGUGGAAAUACAUGUUUUCAUAUUUAAAAAUGUUUUCGUAAUCUCAAUGGUGACACAUUUCAACCGAUGGCGAGUAAAUGAAGAAACACUGCACAGUAAGGAAAAAAUAAAGUCAACGCUUUAUUAACCUCAAGUCACAUAUGACCACAUUUAAGAAAGUGUGUGUGUGUGUGUGUGUGUGUGUGUGUGUGUGUGUGUGUGUGUGUGUGUGUGUCACAUGUUCUGGUUGUUAAGUGUUGAGCAACAAACUCAUUAAAAGAAAAUCAUCAAAUGAAUGUCUGAACACAUUUCUGCUAAUAAAUAUGAACUCUUGUAACCCUACAGAAUAACUAAAGUUGACUGCGUGUUUUAU